AAAAUGAAGUACUGCUGCGACGUCGACCUGCCGAUAGUGCGGAAUGCAUUCGCCAAGCGGAAUUGGACCAAGGUCGAACCGCAUCAAGACUGGAACAUCUACUGGACGUCCGUCGCCAAUGCCCGGUGUCUCAUGGCUCCGGACUCGAACAUAAGGCUCUCCGAGAACCAGCGUGUGAACCACUUCCCGACGCACUACGAAUUGACGCGCAAGGACCUGUUGGCCAGGCACAUGCAGCGUUACCAGCGCCAGCGCAGCAAAGCCCAGCGCGACGAUCCGCCGCCCCCAGCGAUCGUGCCCUCGACAUACGUCCUGCCCCGAGACUACAACAUGUUCGUCGACGAGUACAAGCGAGCCGGGGGCCUAUGGAUUGUCAAGCCCUGCGGGAAAGCCCAGGGCAUCGGAAUCAAGCUGGUCGACAGGCCAUCGCAAGUGAAAUCACUAAUCAACAGCUGGGAGAGCCAGGGCAACCGGGAGCCUCACGUGCUGUGCCGCUACGUGGACCCUCCCCUGCUUGUUGGAGGCCGGAAGUUUGACCUGCGCCUCUACGUGCUAGUCACUUCCUUCCAGCCUGUGCGCGCAUUCCUGUACCGGAAGGGUUUCUGCCGCUUCUGCCAGCUACACUACCGAACUAAGGGGCUCGACAACCCGUUCGUGCACCUCACGAACGUCUCCGUCCAGAGACACGGGGGUCGCUACAACCAGUCUCACGGUGGCAAGUGGAGCCUGUCCAGCCUGGAGAUGUUCGUGCGGGGGACACGGGGCUCCGCAUCCGCUGCUCGGCUGCGUCAAGACCUCAGGGACCUGGUUGCGCACUCAUUAACAGCCGUCGCGCCUUCCAUGCUGUCUGACUGGCACUGCUUCGAGUGUUACGGCUACGACGUUCUUCUGGACGAAGGCUUGCGUCCCUGGCUCUUGGAGGUGAACGCGUCGCCGUCCCUGACCUCGAGUACGCGCGCCGACGCCCUGCUCAAGCAGGCACUGGUCGACGACGUGCUGCGGCUCGUCGCACCUGCCGGGAAAGCGCUGGCAAGUCCCAACGCCUAUUCAGAAGCUGACCUGGGCGACUUCGAGCAGAUCCUUCCCGGUGCUCAGACACCACCGUGAGUCACACUUCCCGUUGGUCACCGGUGCGAUUCUUCUGGCCACGUGACUCCCCGGGCGGAAGAAAACGAACUGUGACGGCGGCGGCAAGAAACGCAAGCUGCCGAAGGGUCAGAGAAUACGAAGCGGUGGAUACGUGGCUCAACUCAGCGGCGAUCACGACGGCAAUGACGACGAUGCAAGCCAAGUGGCUGAUCGGAGUGCAGUCUAAUUCAAAGUAUUUAAUAAACAAUCGCAGUGUGCAAAGCCGUAUCUUCAUUCUUCGGUGGUCGUAAUGAUGCUCUGGAUUAGUUUUAAAAAAUGAUGGCUCUCCCGUAAUCGAGAGUAGAUGUAAGCAUGAAAUGGCCACAAUCUUAAAAUGGGUGUAGUGCACGUUCGCAACGGCACACCCCACCACACCACACCGCACCACGCCAUACUGUACACUGGUCCAUACAGACGCAACUGUUUCGUGUCACAGACAGAACCUCAUUGCAAGUCUCGUCUCGGCAAGACAGCCAUCCGCGGCGCGCCAGACGCUGCCGGCUUGGUCACACAGCUUGGCGCCAUCUCUCUAGCCGGCGCAAAACCCGUGCCGCGGAACUCGCAGACCGCUGGCGUUAAAAAGAGCACAGGCAACCCUGUCUCAGCGCCGAAACAUGACAAUCAAGUGUAUGGUGCCCUGUAUCUGC